AUGAGAUCCCCCCAGGGCCCCCAGACCGGGCCAGCAUGCCAGGACCCGUGGCCACACACCCGCUUCAGCCUGGACGGUGCCCGAUCCCAGGAGCUGGGCAGGUUUUACCAGCUGAGCCAGCAGCACCGUGAGUUUUACCGGGACAGGAGCGGGACACUGCACCCCAUUCCCUACUUUGUGCUGCCCUCGCAGGAAAAGGAGAGAUUUCCUCAUCCACUUGACCUCACCCCGCUCAGUGCCAAGACCCGCUGGCAUUUGCUGCGAGUGUCACCGGUGAACCUGCGGACCUACCAGACCUUCCCCUCAGGGAAGAGGGUCACCUCCCAGGAGAGACAGCUCCGAGACUGCUUCUUCGAGUACCGAGCCUAA